AUGCUGUCCCCGGGGGCGCUCCGGCGGCCCCUCGUCGCCGCCUCCCGCCUGGCCCGGGCCUGGGCCCGGCCCCGCCCUCAGGUACUUGCAUCCCUUGCUACAGGACCCAGACAAAACAAUAGCAUUUUCUAUGAAAUUCGCACAUAUGAUAUUAAGCCAUCAAAAAUGAAGGACUUUGUGGAAGUGGUCAACAAGUACUUUCACCUUCGCACAGCUCACUCAGAGCUGGUGGGAUUCUGGUCUGCAGAGUUGGGAGCGAUGAAUAAGGUGGUCCAUGUUUGGAAAUACGAUAAUUUUGCCCACAGAACAGCAGUUCGGCAUGCGCUAGCCAAUGACAAAGACUGGCAAGGAAAAUUCAUCUCCUCAGCUCUCCCCUUGAUAGAAAAACAGCACAAUGAGGUUGCUUAUCUGGUUCCCUGGUGUCAACUUGGGAAGCCUCCAAAAGAAGGGGGAGUAUAUGAAUGGGUUACUUUCCGAAUGAAGCCUGGUGGGCCAGCAUUAUGGGGUGAAGCAUUCCAAGCUGCAAUCAAUACUCAUAUUAGUGCAGGCUAUACCAAGCUAAUUGGUAUUUUCCACACAGAGUAUGGAUUACUUAACACAGUCCAUGUGAUUUGGUGGAAUGAGAGUCCAGAUCACCGGGCAGCAGGAAGGCAUAGUGCCCAUGAAGAUGCCAGAGUGGUAGCAGCCGUGCGGGACAGUGUCAGAUUCCUGGAUUCACAAGAAAAUAUGCUCCUGAUCCCUUUGCCAUGCUCGCCACUGAAGUAA